UUAAAAAUAUGUAAUAUUGUUUUUCGCGGUAUUGUAGUGUAUGUAUAACCGGUCGCCAUGUUGUAAUAGUGUCUUGUCACAAGCAUCAUGGGUUAACAUGAAAAAAUCGUUGUGUAAAUAUUUAAGUGAUGCAGUGAAAAUUGUGAAAACUAACAAAUUUUAAUCGUUGAUAAAAAACAAUUGUUUUGUAAGUAAUAUUUGAUGCUGAAAACAACUGAGAACGAAUGUAUCUGCGCAUUAAUGAAAUGAGUGCAACUUUGUGCUAGCGCAGGGAGUCGGCUACUGGCAAGCUAGCGAUUGUGUGAGCCAACCCUAUAGCUACUGGUGCGGGAGUCGAACAAUACCCGACGUUGGUUGGACCCCAACUGCUUAAUGAAUUCUACGAGUUCGCUAUAAUUCCUGGCGAAUAUGUUGAUGGUCAAAUGCAUAACCGUGACACGUGUAGUGGUGCCAAUUUAAAGUGUUGUGCAGUUUUGUGCUACUAUGGCCAAAAUUCUCAACAAGGAUCCAGCUCAAUACGCCUGCGAACGAGAUGCAUUUCUUCGAGAAUUGCAACAUUUCCACGAUACUCGAGGAACACCGUUCCGGAGACCUCCCGUCAUCGGCGAAGUGCCGAUCGAUCUUUAUUUACUUUACAAUUUGGUUACGGCCAGAGGUGGCUGGGUAAAGAUCACUAACAAGAAUGAAUGGAAUUCAUUGGUGGAAUAUUUUCAUCUUCCAGCUCAUUGCGUGAAUAUUGGUGUAGCCUUAAAACAUGUUUAUUUAAGAUAUUUAGAUCGUUACGAAAAAGUACAUUAUUUGGGUGAGGUUGUAGAUCGAGCGAGUGAGGAAGAUGAUGAACAUCGACAUAAACGAUGGUCCGCAAGGGCAAUGCAUUCGGUACCUCUAUCAUAUAAUUACCAACAACAUAAUAUUGCCGAAUCCAUGCGAUCUCAUAACGGAUUAUCUGCAGAUUUAUAUAGACCGAAUGAUUAUGAACGACUAUUGUUAUGCCUGCUGAGUCCGUUGCCUAAUGAGCAAGAUUUUGCGAUCAACACUUGUACAUUGCUCUCUAAUGAAGGAAAACAUCAUCUGAAACUUGAAAAAUGCCCGCGUUUAAUUGAUUAUCUUCUGGCGCAUGCUGGUGUUUUCAACCAUCAUUCACUUCGACCAUUAUUCCAACAUGUAUACAGUAAAGUUCGAAAACAACCAUUAACAUCAUUUUGGCAUGAUUCUAUAGUACAUGAACAAUUUGUGGAUUUAACAAAUGAAUCAAAAUUUAUAAAACGGAAAACAGUGCUACCAGUAUUAAAUACAUUCUCGAAGAAAGAUAAAAACCAAACCGGAAUUAAGAAAGAAGAAACAAAGACAUCAUCAUCAUCAUCACCUUCAUCCAGUGGUAAAAAGAAUGCAAUUAUAAACAAUGAAGUACAAUCGAAUACAUCAAAAUCAACACAAAAUGACUUGAGCGAAGCAUCAUGUUCAACGAGUGAAAUUCCUUCAAAAGAUAUUAUUAGUUCAGUGAGUGAUAGUGGUAAUAGAUUAAGUGAUGAUAAAAACAAUGAAAAUAUUGAUGAAACCGUUCCAUCUAAACCUUCAUCAUCAAAACAUAGUGAUGUUUUAGCGGUUCAAUCAAGUACAAUUGAUACUAGUGACGAUGAUUUAUUUGCACCAGAAGAGUGUUACGAAGGAAAACAAAAAUUUAAAUUAAAACUAGAACCUGGUGAUCGUGAUUUGUUUUGUGUUGGUCGAACUUUAGGUACACAAGAAUAUGUUGGCCAAAGAGUGUUACAAAUAGCAAAUAUAUUAAGAAAUCUCAGUUUUACCGAGGACAAUAUUACAGUGUUAGCGAAUAAUAUUACUUUUAUACGAUUUUUAUUGCUAUGUACGAACUCACGAUGGAAUACGCUGCAUCAAUAUGGUUUUGAUAUGUUAUCAAAUGUUGCCACUGAAAUAGCAUUGAAAGAUCCUAUACGUGAUCGAUUAUCGGAAUGUUUGUUAUUGACAAUUACACAAGGGUUAUCGUGUGAUGAUCGUUUUGUCGUUAUAUCUGCGUUAGACGUAUUAAAUAAAUUGAGUCAGAAUGAAGCAAAUGAAGAUGUUCUUCUACGAUAUUUGGAACGAAGUGUGUAUGAGCAAGUUUGUACGUUUUUGACAAUUCAAGACAUCAUGUUGCUAAUUUAUACGCUGGAGUGUUUAUAUGCAUUAACAUCACUUGGUGAGAGAGCAUGUAAUCACAUCAGCAAGGUGACCGGUAUAUACGAUAUUUUAGUAUCAUUAAUUACUGUGGAAGCACAAUCAUACGGCCCAAAAGCGUGUAUUGGAAUGAAAGUCGUAGAAACAGUACCACCUGGAGCUGCUACAUUAGCAGCAUCACAACCUCCUACGACAUCAAUUGCCAUUACCACGUCAUCGGUGCAAACUUCAUUAUCUACAAGUAUUUCAACCAGUAACAGUCUUGCUAAUACCAUGGUAACGCCUGCAUUACCAAUGCCAUCACCAAAUGUUGCUACUCCAAUUUUCACAAGUAUAUCAAUCAGUUCUCCAAUUGCAACACCGGUCGCAACAACAGUAGCACCAAAAACAACUACGACUAAUACAGUACCAUCAACAAAUGUACGAAAUACACCGACACCUACUCCGUUAAGUUCUGUACCUGCGUCGUCGCCACCAUUAUUGAUAUCACAACCACCUGUCAGUUUACCACAACCAGUGGCGCCACAGCCGCAACCUGCUAAAAUACAAAUACAACCAAUUAAUCAUAAUGUCCAACAACAACAUGCACAUCAGCAAGCCAUUCAAGAAAAUGAGCAAUUUGCUCUUGCUUGGCUUCGUGCUAAUUUUGAACCAGAUUUAAAGGGUCGCAUUGAACAACAAGAAUUGUAUAGAAAUUAUUUAAAUUCCUGUUCAAAAAUUGGUAGAAAAGGUGUAAUUGCUCCUUUACAUUUUCCACGAUGCGUAAGAUCGACUUUUGGAGGAACAGUUGGGCCAAAUCUAUGUAAAGUCGAUAAUCAACAGUAUUAUGAAGGAAUUAAGAUACGAGCACAACCAUUAACCAUAAAUUGUCAAACAACGGUACAGCAACAAACUAUCACACUCACACAACCAAGUUCACCUCGGCCGUCAACUCCAAAAAAUACAAAUAGGCGUAAUGCUAAUACGAAAAUUCAAAAUACAACAACUCAAGUUGUUCAACCAAAUGUCAUGUCCCCAACAACCUCGGAUAGCUCUGCCACUGCUAAUGAUUUAAUGACAACUCCACCACCUUCACCUGCUUCUCCUAUUUUAAAAGCACAACUAAGUGCGCCUUUUAAGAAGGAAACAACUACCGUUAUUAAAAUGGAACCAGCUAAGAGUCAGGUAUCUGCCCAUCCACAUCUGAGUCAAGCAUUGUUGGGUGCAUCAACUGGUGGAACAUCAACAAUGGCCAGCAAUGGUGGAAAUUUGAAUCAAUUAACGAAUGUUGUUGUAACCAGCAAAGAACCAACUAUAAAUAAUACAUCAAAUCUACCGAACUCAAUACCACCAAAUAGUUCAUCAUUGAUAAAGAGUUUGUUAGCAACAAAGGUAACAAAUGAAUGCAUGACAAUGCCAAUGAGCAUGAGAACAGCGAGUGUUGUAACAACAGAGUGUCCAUCUGCGUCGCACGUUGUUGCAUCUGUAGUUAAUACGCAGGUUACACAACGCCAACAACGAAUGGCUCAACAAAAUAUAUCAUCACAACCUGUAAUACAAUCAGUGAAAACCGUUAAAUACACAAAAACAUCUGAAUCACCAAACAAUUGUCGAAUAAAUGGUGCACAAAUCAAAACCGAAUUAUCUGAUUCAGUAGUAACAUCUUCAUCUCAUUUAAUAGCACCUAUAAAUCCAAUCGAAUUCGGAAGUCCAACUGUAAUAAAUGCUAGACGAAAUUCACAACAAGUUCCACCACCGUUAGCUCCGCUAAGUUCCGGAAAUGUAAAACAUAUAAAAACAUCAACCUCACCUCGAUUAGAUAUAGAAGAUUCAAAUUCAAUUGGUAAUAUUUCAAUUGCAUCGAAUAGCGGUUUAGGAAAUGUUCAAAUGAAUGUGAUUGAAGAUGGUGAUAAUUCGUUAACAAGUUUCGAGGGUAUUUUAUUAAAUGGGGUACCACCGACAUCAAUAGAUAUUGAUGCUUCCGAAGAUAAUUCAAACAUAUCGAUGGUUAAACCAAAAACACAAAGUUUAAUGUUAGCUGACUUAUUAGAGAAAAAAAUUGAAAAGAAGGAUCCACCGCUUAUGAACGGUGUGUUAAGGAUAGGUGAUAAAGGUUUAGAAUUAGUAGAAAAUCAUAUAGAGAAAGUAUUAAUGUCGAAAGAAAGUAGUAUUAUAAAUAAAAUACAAGACAAUGAAAGUAAAGGGGUUUCAGUAAUUGUUGAUAGUAACGAAUUAAAUCGAACAGCAGUUCUUGUCACAACAACUCAACAAGAUUUAUCUAUGCAAGUCGAUUCAUCAAAUAAUAUACAAUCACCAUUAAAACGACCGGCAACCGAUGAACCAGAAGAUGUUCAAGUAAAACGACCACAUUUAUCGUCUGUCAUAGUAUCGAAUACAAGUAUUAACGGUAAUGUAACCACUCCUGUAGAUAAUAUAAACACGGAUACUGUUGAUUCUUCGAAUGGAGACGAUGGUGAAGUUGGAAGUGUAUCUUCAACAGCGGCAAAUUUAUAUGCUGCGUUAGCAGCUGAUGUACUUGACGAAGAAGAUAUGGAAGAAGAAAUUCCUCAACCAACGUUACCACCACAGCCGGCCCCUAUUCAACAACAACCACAAGCUCAAUUUACACAAAUUAUGCAGAAUAAAAUUAUAACUUCCCCGUCGCCGACACCUCAGCAACCGCCGCAACAACUAAUUGUACAUACUGGUAAUCGACAAAUAAUUGUCUCACAACCGCAGGUGAUAACAUCGGGUGGACCACCUCAAAUGAUAUUUACAGCUGGUGGACAAUUUAUUCAACAGGGAACAGCUGGAACUGCAACAAUAAAAACUCCACAAGGACAUCAAAUGCCUGUACUAGUCCAAACAAAUCAAACUUUACAAAAUAAUCAACAACGAAUGGUGUUUUCACAGAUGCCUCAAAGUGUUCAAUUUGUUGGUGCUCAAGGCAAUCAAUAUGUAAUAUCGAGUGGUAAUGCAUCGGGACAAACAACAUACGUAAUGGCGCAACCACAAACUGCUAUUGUUCAAGGUCAAACGCAAACAGUGCUAGUUGCACAAACAACACAACAAGGUACACCAUCCAAGACAAUUAUUAUCUUACAACCACAAAAUUCAGCAACACAUCCACAGCAAAAAGUUGUAAUGACUCCUCAGGGACAACAAAUGGUUAUGACACAAGUGGCACGACCGGUAAUACAAGCAUCGACAAUUGUAUCGUCCGCACCGCUAAUGUCAUCGGUUAAUAAUCAACAACCAACAGUGAUUACAACUAAUGUGUCCUCGUCAAAUGUUGUUAAAAACCUUCAAACUUCAAUUGGUAGUGUUGUCAGUUCUGUUGGACAAAGUACUGGUGUUGUAAAUAAAACAGUUGUUGGUGGUAACGCAACUGCGUUCGUACAACAACAAUGCCCAGUGUCGAAAGUAAUUACGUGUACUAAAACUACCCAAAAUACUCAAACUAUUAGUGUUGUGAGUGCUACAAAUACUACUAAUAUUAGCACUAGUACUAUUACAACGACUAUUGCUACGAAUACAAAUACUAUGUCGGACAAUAAACCAACUUUAGUGCGUACAUGUGCUGGUGUUGGUGUUGGUAAACAAACAGUGAAAACUGGUCAAAAUGUUCCAUCACCUGUAGAUUCUAUUUAUGUGUGUGAAUGGAAAGGAUGUGCAAAUAAAAGUGGUUACAAAUCGGCGAAUGAAGUUUUAUUACAUGCCGUGGACGCUCAUUGUCCUACUGGAUCUGAAGAAAUAAUUUGUAUGUGGGAACGCUGUGAUAGUAUGAAAAGAAAACGUUUUUCUCUCAUGACACAUCUUAUAGAUAGACAUUGUAAUCCGGAGGCUAUGAGAUUAAGUGCUAUGCGACGAAAGCAAGUAACUGGUCGAAAUGAUCAUCCGACAGUUACAGCACCUCAUCCAGGAUAUGCACCAGACGCAGCUUUGCAUGCUAUUAAACGACAUGCACUUGAAUUUGUAAAUCCUAAGGAACUAAUGCAACAACGUAUGGAUAAACAGCAACAAGCGUCAGUUACAAAUACAUCGUCAUCGAUUAUUGUUUCUUCUGGUUUAACCGAACAGGCUAUCCAGGAAUGUUGGCGGGAUGACAAUGAAGGGCCGGUUACCAAAAGCAUUAGAUUAACAGCAUCAUUAAUUUUAAGAAACCUAGUCAUCUAUUCCAAUAACAGUCGCAGAUUCCUACGUCAUUUCGAACCACAUUUAGCAAACGUGGCAAUGAGUAAUGUUGAAUCAUCACGAACUAUAGCGCAAAUAUUAUUUGAUUUAAAUGAUUAUAAUUCUUCAAGCCGAAGGUGACAACCCAAUUCCAUUUUUUCAUUACCAUCAACAAAAAAUUGAAAACUCCUAAUGUAUGAAUAAAUAAUUAAAGAAACAAGUUGAGAAUGAGAAGAAAGGAAGAUUGAAUGAAAGUGUAUUUUCAGUGCUAGUGAUUUUUUUUCUUGCUUUUCUGUGACUUGUAAAAUGAAAAUUAAAAAAUUACUAUCAUGAUGUUUGAAAAGAAAAUAUUUUUUUUAUAUCAAACAGUCGUGUGGUAAUUAUUGUACAAAUCAUGUUUUCAUAGUUUGUAAUGCCUUAAACAUAAUUGUUAUUUUUAUAUGU